GAGACGCCCCGCCCCCGCGCGGCGCUGCGGAACCGGAGCUCCGGGCGGCGUCGGCAGAGGCGCGGGAGUCGGUGAGGCCGGGACAUAGGACCCGGCGCGGCGACCGCAGCGAGAGCGGCGGGGACGGAGCAGACCACGACGAAGGCGCACAGGCGGCCGGGCCGGGCCAGGCCACGGGGAGAGCGGCCGCCGGGAAACGGGCGGGAAGCCGGGCGGGCAGCAGGCAGCCGCCGAGCCGCGAAGCGACAUGGUGCUGCUCAAGGAGUAUCGAGUCAUCCUGCCUGUGUCUGUAGAUGAGUAUCAAGUAGGCCAGCUGUAUUCUGUGGCUGAGGCCAGCAAAAAUGAAACGGGUGGUGGUGAAGGCGUGGAAGUCCUGGUGAACGAGCCCUAUGAGAAGGACGGUGAAAAAGGCCAGUACACACACAAGAUCUACCAUUUACAGAGCAAAGUACCCACGUUUGUUCGAAUGCUGGCCCCAGAGGGAGCCCUGAAUAUACAUGAGAAAGCAUGGAAUGCCUACCCUUAUUGCAGAACUGUUAUUACAAAUGAGUACAUGAAGGAAGACUUUCUGAUUAAAAUUGAAACCUGGCACAAACCAGAUCUUGGCACCCAGGAGAACGUGCAUAAACUGGAGCCUGAGACCUGGAAACAUGUGGAAGCCAUAUAUAUAGACAUUGCAGAUCGAAGCCAAGUACUUAGCAAGGAUUACAAGGCAGAAGAAGACCCAGCAAAAUUUAAAUCUAUCAAAACAGGCCGAGGACCCUUGGGCCCCAAUUGGAAGCAAGAACUUGUAAAUCAGAAAGACUGCCCAUACAUGUGUGCAUACAAACUGGUUACUGUCAAGUUCAAGUGGUGGGGCCUGCAGAACAAAGUGGAAAACUUUAUACAUAAGCAAGAGAAGCGUCUGUUUACAAACUUCCACAGGCAGCUGUUCUGUUGGCUCGAUAAGUGGGUUGACCUGACUAUGGACGACAUUCGAAGGAUGGAAGAAGAGACAAAGAAACAGCUGGAUGAGAUGAGACAAAAGGACCCAGUGAAAGGAAUGACAGCGGAUGACUAAAGCCACCUCCCCCUUCUGCACUUUUUGCAAGACAGUGGUCAACAGGAAGGCCCAGCAGCUCCACUCUCCCGAGUGACAGGCCAUCUUCGGACCCAGCCUUUCCGUGCACAUUCUUCAGGCAACUUUCGAUCCCUUACUGUAGCUAAUUCUAGAUGCCCUUUAAUAUUGUGAACAAAUAGACCGUCUGGUAUUAUGAAGCCGUGUGUGCAGGAGCCAGCUGCUCCUCUGAGAUAUGUGGCGUGUAGGUUGCUGUAUUUACAGCUCUUCCUCUCCAACCAUUGUAUUCUCAACCCAUUUCUGUGUGCCACCCCCCCCUUUAUUUCCAAGUGACAUUUUUAGUCUAUCGAAAUAGCUGCCCUUUGUGAUGUGGUGAUUUAAAUGAUUUAAGUUUGUUUGUUUUCAACCUUGGGAUAAACUGAGGUAUUUUGCUUCCUGACAGAUCUCUGCAAUUUUGAGUGCUCACCUGGGGAGGGUGAUGAGUUAGAAAUACAGUUUUUCCCCCCUAGGUUCCGCAGAACAGCAAUGUGGCUUCAUAACUCUGACCUCUGCUCCCAGUAACCCAUUGUUAAGAGUGCUCUAAGCACCAAGGAAAAUACCCAAGGCCCAGCCAGCCUCUGUUUUGAACAUUUAACAAAUACAAAUAACCCCUGCCCCAAGCAUUGCAUCUCUGGUCACUAGUCUCAGAAACACCUAUGGCUUCUCUGUCCUCCUGUUGCCCACUCUGUCUGCAUCUCUGCAGAGCCCGUAACAUGCCCAGGUCAGCCCUAUACCUGGAGGAAACUAUCCAGUGUAGCCCUUAGAAUUGAGUCUGCCCCACAUACACUAAUUAGUCUGCCCCCAAGGAGCUCUAUAUGUCCACGCUCCUCUUCCUGUUUGGGCUGGUGCUGUCACUCAGCAAUAAUCGUCUUUUCUCUGUGCUUUCUUAGAUUCCUGUCCUCUGUCUUUGAGGCUGGUCAGGACACAAGAGUGCUGACCUCUUCAUGCUGCAUAAAACAAGCAUGCAAAAAGCUUCUUCCCAACAGAAAACAUUCCCUCGUCUCCAGUUGCUAGAAAGGAUCUGGGGAUCAAGAACUCAGCCCGUCCUGCCCCCGUGCUGAGUUCUGUCCUGGACAAUCAAGAGCAAGUAGUGACUGUGGUACAGAACUCUACCAAAAUAGGCCAGUGAGAGUCCAGGCUCCAGGAAAAUAGAAGCUGCAGAGUGCUUCAGAGUUUCCUACUACUUGGCAGAACCCAAGUAUGCCUUCCCAGUGAGAGAAUCAGAUAGCUGUGGUGUCACCUGACAUUUCCCAAACUUUGUGAAGUAUGUCGGCCAAGUGUGCAGUGAUCCAAGCCAUGCUAGCCUGGGCGCAGCUGCUAAUGAGAGAUCAAAUCUCUGUUGAGGGAGCGAGAAGUAGGAUGGGAUAAUUUAUCCUCAUGUUUUUGUCAGUUUGUUUUGCCUUACUCACUUCUAAGUGCAAUAAGGAAGUGUCUCACAGGAUUGCACCUGUGACAUCCUGAAUGCUGCUUCCCUGGGGCCCACCUGGGGCCAAAGUAGACAGACUCAGACCCCUUAGCAUGGUUAGCUCUGACCAUCGAGGCCCCUUUGGGACCAGGAUAUGUCCUGUUACCCUUCCUUUCAGUCUCACCUUCUGGGGCCUAUAGUAGCAAUGGAUCUGGCGCUGUUCAGUUGGUUAUUAACAUCCCAACUGCUAGUAGCAUUUAUUUGACUGGGAAAGUUGAAGAAGCAUUCCUACUGGAGAAAAAUGUAAAUGUUUUCCUGCAAGCUUUGUAUUAGCUAUAAUUAUAUUUGUGCUUAAAGCUCUCCCUUCUUCAACUACAUGAAGUCCAGAUGUGAGUUAUCCUGGGAGAAACAACUGGUGAUAUUCUUAACAGACAGUUGUUUAUGUGGUGCAAGGGUCAGAUGUUAGUCUCCUUCCUUCAGCUCUUCUCUGAGAUCCAUACAUAUCACUCCAGCUCUGGUGGGGGCUCACUCUUUAUCUGCCUUUUCUCUGCUCCCGCCCCUCCACCUGUUGCCCCAGUUUGAAAGCAUCCACAUGAGCUGAGCUAGAAUUCCUGAAGCCAGUUGGAUCUGGGGCUCCAACCCACAUACACAUAAGGAGGGAUGUCCCAGGUCUAUUCCAUCCCCAAGGAUAGUGUUGCUGCUGGGCAACUGUGUUGGCUUCUUUUAAAUACCUCCCCUUUCCUUCUUCACCUCCCCCCAAACUGACUAGCACUCAGAAGGGCUUAUGAUGAAAGGCUCAGCUCCAGGGUAGUACCUGAGGAUGUGCCAUGCCCCUUCAGACCAGCUGCUUCUAGUAGGUUUCCAGGGUCUCAGCCCCAGCUGGAAGCAGCAGUGCCUCUGUAGGAGGGGUGCUGGGCUUUGGCCUUCUUACGGAGAGAGGUCAGGGACAGGGUCAGUAUUGUGGCACGUGUAUAUCUUCCCAAAUUCUCUUACAGUCCCUGCCGGGACUCCCUGACUUAUUUUGGUUGGUUCUUAGUGCUACUUCUUUUACAAAAUACACUUUGUAGAAUUGAUUAGAUUACCUUAUUUAAUGUGAGUUUGUGCCUUUUUGUCUCAAUCUUCCAAUACAGGUAUAUUGGGAAAAAAAGCAGUCUAAUAAAAUUCUAGACAGAG